AUGGAUCAUGCGAUGAGGCGAUAUACGGUGUUAUUUUGCAUUUUUUCGGUUGUUUUUGGACAAUGUCCACUUCAACUUCAGGUUUGUAUUGUCUUUUUUUUUGGUCUAAACAUAGUACAUAACACAUUUAUUUUCUCAAACUUUCAGGAGCCUUGCUCUUGCUCUUCUACCCGAUAUGAAGCAGUUUCAAUAGUCUGUGAUAAGGGUGAAUCUUUAUCAUCAGUCCUAGUUUCACUAUCAAAUCCACCAGCCCAAAUCGACAGUUUGAUCAUUAGUAAUACACCCAUCGAUCAGGUUUGUUUUAUUUGUUUGUUUAUUUUUCUAAAUGCCUCACCUCCCUCACUCAUUUUUCCCCUUUCGCUUAUGAUAUUUUUAGCUGCCCGGAUACGCAUUCCAAGGUUUUAAUAUCAAGAAAUUGAUUUUGCGAAACAAUGGAUUGCGCAUUAUGCAUCCCAACACAUUCAGCGGAAGUUUAGAGGAGUCAUUAGAGGAAUUAGAGAUUAAGGGAAACUAUAUUGACACAAUUCCUCAGGCCGGAUUAACAGUUUUGAAAAAUUUGCGGAUCCUUUCACUUCCAGGUUCGUUGAAACAAAUAAAUAAAUUCGUUGUGAUGAAAAAAUAACAUGUGAUAUUUUUCAGAUAAUCUGAUUGAUUAUGUCCCAGACAACGCUUUUCUCUCAUACCACAGUCGAGAUACAAUUCAGAAACUUGACCUAAGUGCAAAUAAUUUGACAGCAAUUCAUCCUACCGGACUCCUUGGAUUGGAAAAUUUAUCACAAUUAUCACUCGAUAAAAAUUUGCUACAUGAAAUCCCAACUCAAGCACUUUCCAAUAUUCCAACUUUGGAAGAUCUGAGUUUAGGGGUGAAUCAGAUUUCAACUGUUCCAAAGGAUUCUCUACCAUUACCAAAUUUGAAAUCUCUUAGUUUAGAAGUCAAUCAGGUGAGCUUACCAAAAAUAAUAAAAUUUAUAACAAUUUUGUCCUAAGAUUCGACACAUUCCAUCGGACAGUUUUCAAUCUGUCCCACUUCUCACUUAUUUAUACAUUGGCAACAAUUUAUUAACCUCCAUCGAUCCUUCAAUUUUCUAUCAUAUUGGAAAUUUGAAAGUGUUAUCAAUGGGAAAUAAUAAGGAUAUAACAAUAGUGCCAGCUGAUGCUUUUCAACACAUUCCACUUUUGAUUCGCUUGGAAUUGAGCGAUUGUUCAAUUGCUAGGGUGGAAAAUGGUGCAUUGAGAAAGGCGAAUAGUUUACAAGUUGUGAUAUUGUCGAGAAAUCAAUUGACACAGUAAGACAAUGAUUUUGAAGAUAAAAACAUAUCUAAACAUUUCAGAGUGUCUCACGACUCAUUCUCUAAUUUGCCACAAACUACAAUGAUUGAUCUGAGCAAUAAUGCAAUCAAUCGUGUUGAUGAUUUUGCUUUCAGUCAACUUCCAAUGUUAACAUCACUUGAUUUAAGUAGCAAUCGUCUUGAAACUCUUCCAAGCAAUGUUAUCUAUGAUUCAUUAACUUAUCAUUCACCAUCAACAGUUCGGAAAUUCUUAUUACAAAAUAAUCCUUGGAGAUGUGAUAAAGAUUUAGCGUGGCUUCGAAAAUGGUUGAGAGAUAAUGGUGAUGUUAUGAUUUCAUCAAAUGGUGAUUUGACAACAAAGUGAGUCAUCAAACAUUGGAAUCUUGCUUUCAAAUCUUUUCAAGUUUUUUGGAGAAAACACAUUGUUUUAUUUGUAGAUGUUACGAAAUUCUAGUCUGAAAACUGAAAGCCUAGAAGUUUUAUCAUCAAUAAUUUUCCUCCAAUUCCGAAAAAAAUUUCAGAUGUUGGACACCAUCAAAUUUAAGCGGAUUAGAUAUCCGUCAAACCGAUCCGUCACCAACAACUCCGGCAAGAGUCAAAAUAGGAGAUCAGAUGAGAAAAAUAUUGAAACCAGCAGAAACAUUACUCAUUCCAACUAAAAAUGAUUUGGAUACAGAAACUACAAAAGCUCAUACAGCGGUCAAUGGAUUGGCUUUGGUUGGCCUUGUUCUAGGUGAGCCGAAAUGUUUCUAGAGUUUUUUUUUGGAAACAAUAUUUUUUUUAGGAAUAGUCUUGUCUGUUUUGGCAGUUUGUUUGAUUCUUCUUCUUGUCAUCCGAUGGAUUUUACGAUCUUACGAAGAAAAAUCAACAGGAAGUAAUUUUGGGUCAACAGUUGGAUCAAAUGGUUAUGUUGGAAGUGCGUAUAGUGGAGCUGGAAUUCUUGAAACCGGUGAACGUGCUCAACGAUCAACAACCAACAAUAACAUUUAUAUGAAUCGACCAAGAUAUUGGUGGUUCUAA